AUGACCAUCACGCAAACCGAUGCAUGGAGUCCAUUUCAGCUUGGCGAUAUCGAGUUGUCUCAUCGAGUAGUGCUCGCCCCAUUGACCCGUAAUAGAGGCACCAAAUCGGAGAAGCACCCUUCUACAUGGGUUCCUAAUGAUAUGAUGAAAGAGUAUUAUGAGCAACGUGCUACUCCUGGUGGUUUGCUAAUCACCGAAGCCACACCAGUAUCGUUGAGAGCAUCCGGGGUACCAGGUAUUCCAGGAUGGUUUACAUCAGAACAACAAGAUACUUGGAAACCGAUUGUCGAAGCUGUUCAUUCCAAAGGAGGCAAAUUCUUCUCACAACUAUGGCAUCAAGGACGAAAUACUCAUUCCGGGUUAACAGGACAACUUCCAGAAUCAAGUUCACCCACUCCACUAGAAGGUGAUUUCGCUUGGGCAGGUUUCCCUGCGAGACCUUUUGAAGUACCUAAAGAAAUGACUAAAGCAGAUAUAGAACAAACUCAGGAUGAUUUCGUAAUAGCUGCUAUAAAAGCUAGGGAGAUUGGAUUUGAUGGCAUUGAAAUACAUGCUGGAAAUGGAUACCUAUUUGAUCAAUUUCACCACAGCAAUAUCAAUACCAGAGUAGAUGAAUAUGGUGGAUCAAUGGAAAAGAGAUGUCGAUUCACAGUGGAAACUGUGGAAAAGCUUUGUGCAGCCAUUGGUUCUGGAAGAGUAGCUGUUCGAUUAACACCUUUUGGUUUGUUCAAUCAGACUUACGGCGAGAAAAGACUAGAGCAAUGGACUUAUUUAUGUCAGGAAUUGAGUAAAUUCGGUUUAGCUUAUGUUCAUUUGAUUGAACCUAGAUUUGACGAAUUCAAAUCUGCAUCAGAAAAACAAAUCGCUCUAGAAGAAAUGUCAAUAAAUGGUGAAAUAUCAUUGAAACCUUUUAGAAAAGCAUUGGGUUCAACUCCACUCAUGACUGCAGGUGGAUUCGGACCUGAUAAUUUACAUGAAGGUAUUAAGAACGGUACUUCUGAUUUAGUUGCUUUCGGGAGAUAUUUCGUGGCCAAUCCGGAUUUAAUCGUUAGACUUCAAAGUGGUCAACCAUUAUUUAAAUGGGAUAGAACAAGAUUUUAUGGUCCGUUCGAAGAUAAUGAAGUCGGAUAUACAACUUUCCCAACGAGAGAGUUCGCUUCUGUAACAGAUCGUCUCAGAGGUCAACUUGCAGAUUGA